UGGGCGCCAGGGACGGGGAGCGCCUGGAGGGGACAGCCCAAACUCUCUCCUCCUUACUCCCGGUGAUCCCUGCAGCCAUGGAGUCGCCCACCAAGGAGAUUGAAGAAUUUGAGAGCAACUCUCUGAAAUACCUGCAACCGGAACAGAUUGAGAAAAUCUGGCUGAGGCUCCGAGGACUGAGGAAAUAUAAGAAAACGUCCCAGAGGUUAAGAUCUUUGGUUAAGCUGUUAGAGAGAGGGGAGGCAUCCGUGGUAGAUCUUAAGAAGAAUCUGGAAUAUGCAGCCACAGUACUUGAAUCUGUCUACAUUGAUGAAACCAGGCGGCUCCUGGAUACUGAGGAUGAGCUCAGUGACAUCCAGUCAGAUGCGGUGCCAUCUGAAGUCCGAGACUGGCUGGCUUCCACCUUCACAAGGCAGAUGGGGAUGAUGCUCCGGAGGAGCGAGGAGAAGCCUCGGUUCAAGAGCAUCGUCCAUGCAGUGCAGGCUGGGAUAUUUGUGGAGAGAAUGUAUAGAAGGACAUCAAACAUGGUUGGACUGAGCUACCCACCGGCUGUUAUUGAAGCACUGAAGGAUGUGGACAAGUGGUCCUUUGAUGUCUUUUCCCUCAACGAGGCCAGUGGGGACCACGCACUGAAAUUCAUUUUCUACGAAUUGCUCACGCGCUACGAUCUGAUCAGCCGUUUCAAGAUUCCCAUUUCUGCACUUGUCUCUUUUGUGGAAGCCCUGGAAGUGGGAUACAGCAAGCAUAAAAACCCGUACCACAAUCUGAUGCAUGCUGCCGACGUUACACAGACGGUCCAUUACCUCCUCUAUAAGACAGGAGUGGCGAACUGGCUGACGGAGCUGGAGAUCUUUGCCAUCAUCUUCUCGGCUGCCAUCCAUGACUAUGAGCACACUGGCACCACCAACAAUUUCCACAUUCAGACCCGAUCCGAUCCAGCCAUUCUGUACAAUGACAGGUCUGUCUUAGAAAAUCACCAUUUAAGUGCAGCCUACCGUCUUCUGCAAGAGGAUGAGGAAAUGAAUAUUUUGGUCAAUCUCUCAAAGGAUGAUUGGAGGGAGUUUCGGACCUUGGUGAUCGAGAUGGUGAUGGCCACGGACAUGUCCUGUCACUUCCAGCAGAUCAAGGCCAUGAAGACGGCUCUGCAGCAGCCAGAGGCAAUUGAGAAGCCGAAAGCUUUAUCGCUGAUGCUUCACACAGCAGAUAUUAGUCACCCAGCUAAAGCCUGGGACCUCCAUCAUCGCUGGACCAUGUCACUUCUGGAGGAGUUCUUCAGACAGGGUGACAGAGAAGCAGAACUCGGGCUUCCUUUUUCUCCUCUGUGUGACCGCAAGUCCACCAUGGUUGCUCAGUCGCAAGUAGGCUUCAUUGAUUUCAUCGUGGAACCCACCUUCACUGUGCUCACGGACAUGACCGAGAAGAUUGUGAAUCCUGUCAUCGAGGACAAUGCCCAGCCUGGAGGACCUGCUGGGACAGGGCAGAGGCGUUCCAGUUUGAACAGCAUCAGCUCAUCAGAUGCAAAGCGGUCAGGUGUCAAGAGCUCUGGGUCAGAAGGAAGUGCUCCGAUCAACAAUUCUGUCAUCCCUGUGGACUAUAAGAGUUUUAAGACCACCUGGACAGAAGUGGUGCACAUUAACCGGGAGAGAUGGAGGUCCAAGGUGCCCAAAGAGGAGAAGGCUAAGAAGGAAGCAGAAGAAAAGGCUCGCCUGGCUGCAGAGGAGAAGCAGCAGGAGCUGGAAGCCGAAAGCCAGACGGAAGACGUCGCCGCUGGUAAGACUGAGAAGAAGACAUCUGGGGAGGCCAAGAGUCAAGUCCAUGGAACUCGCGCGGGCAAAAGUGACAACCCUCGUGGGAAAAACUCCAAAGCUGAGAAGUCUUCGGGAGAAAAGCAGCAGAAUGGUGACGUGAAAGAUGGUAAAAAUAAGUCAGACAAGAAGGAUCAAUCUAAUGUCGGAAAUGAUUCAAAGAAAACAGAUGGCACAAAGCGGCGUACUCACGGCUCCCCGGCCCCAAGCACUAACUCUUCCAGUCGACUGACUUUGCCAGGGGACUACGGAUAAAACGUCCAUCCAGAGGAUUUCUCAGAAGAGAACUGCCCAGCUCUGAGGUCCGAAGACGUUUUAGGAACCUUAUCUUUUCACUUACUGAAACAAAACACUAAGCGUAUUGUAAGUUGUUGAGGAGUGACCUUCAAAGGUGAUCCUUUCUGAGCUCCCUUGGGCAGGCUUUUAACAAUACAUACUUCAAUGUUUAUCGCACACCGCCCAAGUACUUGCCACAACACUAACUGGGUUCUUAAUCUGUAUCAUUUCACCGAAUCCUCACAGCAGUCCUCUAACGAAGGUCCUAUUGCCACCAUUGCAUAGACUAGGACACUGAGGCACAAACAGAUUAAACAACUUGCCCAAAGUUAGCAGUUGGCAGGUGAAAGAGCCAAGAUUUAAAGAGUGAGUUUGACUCCCAGGACCUGAGAUUCAUUGCUGGGGGGCAAAAACGGAUGCCAAGAAGCCCAAGCUCUAACAACCUGUCCUUUCCGUGGGAACUCAGCCUGGAGAUGAGGUCGGUCACCAGGCAUACAAGCCAAGCAGAUGGUGGGGGUAGAAAGUGAUGACCCGAGAGAGUGAUUUCCCUUAGCCUCUCUAUAAGGAGUGGCACUUGAGCAACGGUUGAGAACUCCAUCAACAUGACCCGAGUUGCUUUUUCACCUCAAAGAUUUAGUAAAGCCAGGAAGAAAUCCAUCUAUACAGACUUCCUUCCAUAGGGGUCAUUGUCAUGGGGACAAAGGGCAGAAAGCUAGCUACUGCUUUAGUUGUGUUUUGAUUCUUUGCAUGCACAUGUGGAAAACUUUUGUGCCUUUGGGGAGGGGAAAAAGCAAACAAAGGACUCCACAAUUGUUUUCCCUGGUGAAACAGCAAGCAUCCUGCAUUUCGUGUUUGCCAGGCCAAACAAAACGCCCACUAAGCGAGAAAGGACAGAGGAUCAGCUCCUUGCUGGAAGGCUUUCUAGUCCCCUCAGCUUGAAACCACCAGGUUGCGAGGCAUCUAUAGGUAGUCGUCGUUGGUAGGAAAAUGAGCUGAUUGUCCAGCCCUCUUCCGUGAAUGCUUCCCUUUCACUUGUUUGGGGUAUUGGGGGUCAUUGAAAAUUUCCCUGGGUGCCUCCCUGUACACAGAGAGCUGUGGCCCCGAGUUGCAUUUGCAGCAUGGGUGUGAAGCCCAGGUGAUCGAAACCUAAAAGGAAAACAAGCUGCUGACACUGUCCUGAAACAAGCCGGGGCAAGGCAGCACGUGCAGCCAUCCAGAAAGCACGGAAGAACGGAAACAUAUUUGUUCUCUAGAUUCCAGGCCCCCUUGCCGGCUGCUGUGUGUUCUCAGUGACACAUUUCCUUUUUAUUCAGUGGGACGUUUAUUAAGGUUGCUGGGUUUGAUAGGGUCUAGUUUAUUUGUUCAUUAGAUAUGUUCAGUACCUACUGCUAGCAGGACUGCGAUCGACAAGUGCUGUCCCUCCCCACAUGACAGAGAUAGCUGGGAUGGACUAGUCUCGGUCUUGACUCUAGAGCACCCACUCAUUUGGGCUCCAAAACAAAAAACAAAAAAACUUCACAGCCGCUAUCUGCUGCAGGGAAGAUUUUCUACUGUGGGAAUCAUAUACAAAGUCACUAUGAGUCAGAAUCGACUGGAUGCCAAUGGGUUUAAUCUUUGCAAAAAGGGCACUAGUAGUGCAAUUACGCAUGCCUUCAGCUGCUAAUGGAAAUGUGGGCAGUUCUAAUCCAACAGGCACUCCCUCCAAGGGAGAAAGAGGUGGCAGGUUCGCUUCAAUGGAGAUUUACAGGUUUGUCAGCCCCUGGGGCCAGUUCUACUCUGUCCUUCCUCUGGGGUUCCUGGGCCUCAGGAUCGAUUUGCCAGCCUUGGGCUUGGUUUGGCUUUAUUUUACAUUUUAAUGUAACCACUGCAUACCCGGGCUCCUUGGUGAUUCUCUGGAGGAUUUAAAGAGUUCCAGAGAUCUCAGUCCCAUCCUAGAGCAUCUAUUAAUUGACAGGGUACCCCCUGAUCACUAGGAUUUUUUUAAGUUCCCCCGGUAGUUCUCACAGGCAGCUCUGCCUGAAGAGCAACAAGUUGGAAUUAAUUUCACCUCCCGACCAUGCAGGAGCCCUGGUGAUGUAGUGGUUACAAGGUGGGCUGUGAUCCACAAGGUCUGCAAUUUGAAAUUGCCAGCCACCGCAUGGGAAAAAGACAGGAUUUUCUACUCUGCUAAAGAGCUCCCGUCUCAGA